AUGACAACUAAACUGAGAGUUGUAUUUGAUGCCUCUUCGAAAACGGCGAAUGGUUUGGCAUUGAAUGACAAGCUGAUGGCAGGUCCGAACCUGCAGGCAGAUUUACUGAAAGUGUUAAUUAGAUUCAGAACGCAUAAGUUUGUGUUUACGGCCGACAUAGUUUCGAUGUUUAGGCAGGUCCUAGUAACCGAGCAGGAUCGGAAUUUGCAGCUAAUAUUGUGGCGACAAGAUAAAUCAGAGCCAUAUCAACUGUAUAGAUUGAAUACGUUAACAUACGGGACAGCAUGUGCUCCCUUCUUAGCAAUGAGGUGCCUAAAAGAAUUGGCAAAUAUUCAUGAGCAAGAGCUUCCCGCAGCAGCGGAAGCAGUAAGAAACGACUUUUAUAUGGAUGACGUCUUAACAGGAGCGUCAACGUGGGAAGAUGCAUUAGAAUUGCAAGAGCAAUUAACAAGAAUGUUAUCUUAUGGAAAGUUCCCUUUACGAAAAUGGCGUGCAAAUAAUAGAGAUAUGUUAAGUCACAUAUCGGAAAGCAAUCAGGCAGACAGCUUAUUUGUCAUUGAUAGGGAUCAACCAAUUAAAACAUUAGGACUUUUGUGGAAUGCCACCACAGAUACUCUGCAAUACCAGGUUAAAUUGGAAGGUGACGAGGAAGAUACCAAGCGUAGAGCAGUGUCAAAAAUAGCUCGAGUAUUUGAUCCCCUUGGAUUGGUGACUCCCGUGCUCAUCGUGGGAAAGAUCGUCUUGCAGAAAAUAUGGCGUCAGAAUGUAGAAUGGGAUCAAAGGCUUCCAGUCGACUUAAUGAUAGAGUGGAAAGAUUAUUGUUCAUCCCUUAAUCAUUUGAAUAAUCUUCAAGUGCAGAGUAAUAUCAGCAUUCACAGCCAAGAUGCGAUCUUCGAUGUUUAUGGAUUCGGUGACGCAUCCGAGAUGGCGUACGGAGCUUGUUUGUAUGCGGUUAACACAGAUCAGCAAGGCAUAAUUCAUUCAGAAUUAAUUUGCGCCAAGGCAAAGGUUGCACCAUUAAAAACAGUGUCGUUGCCACGACUGGAGCUAGAAGCAGCGCUCAUGCUGGCACGAUUACUCAACACUGUAAAGGAGUCAUGCAUGCAAAAAAUUGGUCGAGUCAAACUAUGGAGCGACAGCACGGUGACGUUAGGGUGGAUAAAAGCACCACCGCACACUCUUAAAACUUUCGUAGCCAACAGAGUCGCCAAGAUACAAAAUCUCACAGAAGGAGCUGUUUGGUCACAUGUAGCAUCAAAAGAAAAUCCAGCAGAUCUCAAGAGGAAUUUCUGCUAA